AUGCGAUUGACACUUUCAAGUAUCACUCUAUCUGCUUUAUCACUCGUAGGCUACGUGCUUGCCGCCUAUCCGAACCCUGGCAAGGUAACUGGAAGCAUCGACGUUCAUGACCCGACUAUAUGCCGGGACUCGGCCGGAAAAUAUUUCUUAUUUUCUACUGCCCCAGGCAUUGCUGUGCGUACUUCAACUGAUAGGACUAACUGGAGCUAUGUGGGCACCGUAUGGUCAAAGGGCCAAGCAACCUGGACCGACAAAUACACCAGCACAACUGGCGGGAACGGGAACCUCUGGGCCCCGGAUUGCACAUACAAAAAUGGCCGAUUCUACCUGUACUAUGCAACCUCUUCUUUUGGAAGUCGAAACUCGGCCAUUUUCUUUGCGACCUCGACCACGGGCCUUCCGAACUCAUGGACCAAUCAAGGAUUAGUUCUUUCUACAACUAAUUCUGAUGACUACAACGCAAUUGACCCAAGCUUGAUCAUCGAUGGUAACAAUUGGUGGUUGACCUUUGGCUCAUUCUGGUCCGGUAUCAAGCUUGUCCCAUUAGGAUCCAGCACCGGCAAACCUUCAGGCUCCACCAUAUAUUCUCUCGCCAAGCGUACGGCGGGUGGAGGAGCAGUCGAGGCCCCCAUGCUUAUCAAGAACGGCAACUACUAUUACCUAUUCACUAGCUGGGACAAGUGCUGCGAUGGUACUUCGUCAACAUACAAUAUUCGCAUAGGAAGAUCUACCAGCAUUACGGGUCCCUAUGUCGACGAGAGUGGCGUUGCGCUAAUGUCGGGCGGAGGAACUGAAAUCCUUGGCUCACACGGAUCCAUUAUCGGGCCUGGCGGACAGUCAGUAUUCAAGGAUACAGACGGCUGGGUCAUCGACUAUCACUAUUAUACAAGCACUGGAUCCUUGCUCGGUAUCAACUUGCUCAACUUUGCCAGUGGCUGGCCAGUGGUUGAUUAA